AUGCAGGACCCAGCCGGUACGCACCAGCUUCUCAAUGACGUCCUCGGAGUCUUUGGCACCCUCCCCUGGGCAGGCAAUAUCCAUGGCUUCGAGAACCCGGAGCCGCUGAAGAGCCUCGCAACCUAUGUAUCAAAGGACUGGUUCAGCGACGUCAAGGUCAAUCAACUUCUCGAUUUACUGCGUCUUGAAGUCAACCGUCGACCUGAAGGCCGGGCGGUUACAGUCGAGAAUCUUGCAUUCUGGCGGUUCCUGGAGGAGGGCUAUAAGCGACGCAUGGAGCCAGGCGAAGCGUACAAGACCGAACACUAUUUCGCGCGAGCUCAGGGCGUUGGAGACUCCCUUGCCAAAGGUGUGCGCGAGAGGGUCGGCCUGAUCGUGAACUUGGACGGGUCGCACUGGAUAGCUGUUGUCGUGGAUUUUGCUGCGUCCGUGAUCCUCUACGGAGACUCGCUUCGUGGCCGCGUUCCUGAUGCGACUACACUGCAGACCCUGCGCUGGUGGAUAGGAGAGCACUCAGAUGUCGAAUUCAAGCUCAACAUGCUAGACAUCACGUACCAGACCAACACGUUCUCCUGCGGUCUCUUGAGCUGGAACGCACUUGCGCACAAUUUCCUUCCGGUUGUCUACCCACUCACCUCUGCGGCCGAUGCUCUUGAUGGACGUCUUCAUGUUCUGCAAGAUGUCAUCCGACGACAUCUGGAUGAGGUACGCUGUCACAUCAGCACAGUCAUUUUGUGCACAGCUAACACACGUACAAAUUAG